UACAGCACAGCCAGAGAGGAGGGAAGAUUCAACCCUGAACCAAAGGACUCAAUCUUAAGACAACUUAAUACUUAUUAGACUGCAGAUAUUUUUGAUCCUGCUCUACUCACCAAGAAGAUGACCAAUCUCUCAGAAAAAGCUAUUUUUGUCUUCUUAACGGCACAGGUGUUCACACUGGUCUGGUCCCAGACGUGUCCUCGAAGAUGCCAGUGCCCUAAGGAGCCCCCCAUGUGCCCCCACGGAGUGCCUUUGAUCCUGGACGACUGCGUCUGCUGCCUGGUGUGUGCCCGUCAGAGAGGGCAGCUCUGCUCUGACAUGAAUCCUUGUGACACACGCAAAGGUCUGCAGUGUGACUACAGCACAGACGUCCACAAGAGAACCGGUACCUGUGCUGCUAAUAAAGGAGAGGUCUGUGUUUUGGAUGGUUCUGUCUAUCAGAACGGCCAGACCUUCUUCCCCAGCUGUAAAUACCAGUGUUUUUGCCGUGAUGGGCAGAUCGCCUGUGUGCCACGCUGCAAUUUGGACGUGAUGUUGCCUGGGCCGGACUGCCCAAUGCCACGCAGGGUCCAGGUGCCCGGAGAGUGCUGCGAGAAGUGGGUGUGCGAGCCCCAGGCUGAAGCCAGUGCCCUGGGAGGCUUCGCCAUGGCCGCCUUUCGUCAGGAGGACACAGUAAGCUUUGACGGUUUUGACCCCAGUCUGAACUGCAUUGAGCAGACCACAGAGUGGGGGGCCUGCUCUCAAACCUGCAGCAUGGGGGUGUCCACCAGGGUCACCAAUAAGAACAGUCGGUGUGAGAUGGUGAAGCAGAGCCGGCUGUGUAUGAUCAGACCAUGUGACGACCAGCAGGACCAGACCCAGCUGACACCUAUUGCACCAAAGAGAGGCAGUAAGUGUCAGAGGAUGGUGAGGAGCGACAAAGCCGUCCACCUCUCCUAUAAGAACUGCACCAGCGUCCAGGCCUACAAGCCUCGCUACUGUGGCACCUGCACAGACGCCCGCUGCUGCACCCCCCACAGAACCAAGACCGCCCUAGUGGAGUUCCAGUGUGCCAACCGUAAAACCAGCAGGAGACCGGUCAUGCUGGUCCUGACCUGUGCCUGCCACAGCCACUGCCCCCGAGACAACGCUGUGUGGCAGCCUACAGAGCUGGGAUACAGCGGUUAUCGCUCAUAAAUGUCCCUUUUGAACAAUAUUCUGUUUAAAACAUGAGUUGUGUUAACUCUAACAUUUUAGGUUAAAACAAAACUUUCUGUGAAAUAUCCAGAAAAUAAGAUUGUAUCUGCUUAUUAUGGUCAUAAACAUACUUCCUGUUUUGUGGUGAGAGCUCAAGAUCUCCGUUCCUGGAGAAAGGAUUUAGUUGUGUAGCAUAAGUGUUAUCUUCACUAUUGUAAGCUAAAAUCAAAGCACUUAAAGCUUGUGAUGAAAUGAUUCUCUCCAUAGAUCAGGGGGAGUACUACCAACCAUUGACAAAAGACUACGGUUGGAUUUGAAUAGUUUUAGGCGCACUUACUUACUUAGAGGAGACAGCCUCUAUUCGAGAGGUAAGAUAGUAUGAAGUUACAGGGUAGUGCAGACGUUGGGAGUGUCCUGACUGUUUGACUGAGAGUCAGGUCGGCCAAUCAGGAAACUUCUUUUUUUGACAAAGAGCCUGAAACCACAGUGACACUUUAAUCUAAAAAUAUAUCCAUAGUAUAAUUACUGGUAUCCCAUUACUUUUACAUAAGAAAAACAAGGAAGAGGAGAAAAUAAAUUAUUUUAAAGUAAGCUGUUACCUUUUACCAGCACUGCCAUCUUUCAACUAUGGGACACAUUUUUGAAAUAACUUGACUGUGUGCUUUUACUUAGUCCACACCAAGGGUUCAACCUAUGAAAGAGAGGUCACUGCAGUGACUUUGUGUCAUUUUUAACAUUCGCCUGAAAUCUUACCCCAUUGGUAAAUGUAAAAUGGUUAUGGUCUAUGCUCAGUAAAUGCAAAAGUAGUUGAUGACAAAGGUUUUGUAAAUACUUGCUGUAUAGCUUGUUUGACUGAGUGUGUAUCAAAUACACAGCUUUAAUCAGUAACAAUGUAAACAUGAAUUGUAUAUAUUGGAACGUGGUAUUGUUUUUUUACUACUUGAACUAUGCUUCAUACUGCUUGUUGCUGUAUCUGUCUGAAUAAUAAUGAUGAAAAACUCAACAUUUGACAAUAAAUGUGUAUAUUUUG